AACGUGAAACCCGCUCCAUGUAAGAUACCGUGGACCGAUGUUGGUGUUAAUUGAUUUGUUUAUUCUAUUAUAAGAAAAGGAAACACCACACUGCGGCAUAAUUUCAUUUUUGCCCCGCGAAAAGGAGGAUGGUGGCUGGGUAGUAAUAACUUCGGAUUCGCUGCUUUUCCUUGGCACGCGCACAGAUCCAGUUGGUGAGGGCAGCAGUAGCAGGGUUCUGAUCCUGAGGAGAUGACGGAGGUGGUAGAGCCCAAGCUGGACUUUGCAUCCUCGGGUCGCUCGGGGAGAAGGAACGCCCUACCUGACAUCCUGGGGUCACCGGCUGGGGUCAACCCCACUGACCUUCCACUCAAACUGGCCGAGCUCAACCUCACAGAUGUUCCGGGAGAAGCCCAGUCUCCCACGGCGGAGGAGGCCCCACCCCCUACAGAGAGCUCUGAGGGGAAUGAGGGAUCAUAAGGCUGCCUGGUGGGGGUCUAACUAGCCCCAAUGUUUACCUCUUGUGAGGCUGAUGAGAUAACUGUAGAAGAGGAAUGGAUGGGUAGGACGAUACAGAAGGACCCAUGAAGGAGUGAUGGGCCUGUUUGAACAGCAGCUGAGCUGCAGAGAGAGAGAGAGGGAUGAUCGUAGAAAGAGUGGGAGAGAAGGUUAGAAGGAUGGACAGAGAACUGUCUCUAUCACACAAUCUGAAAAGACUUAAGAAAAGUGUCGGUGUGUGUGGGUGGAUGGAUCACCUCUACUCCCACACACACUGCCAUGAGAAACAAAGGACAUACGCUGAUUAUAUACUGUUGUACACAACGGAGAAGACUCAAUUGAAAAAAUUUAACAUUUACAAUUUCCUGCUGACGUCUAUAACAGGUUGGACAAUGGGCGGAUCCUAGUGGCCUGUAGUGGUUCUGAGCUUUCUGAUUGGUCUGGAAGAGAUAAGGUAAUAAUGUAUUAUAAUGUACUGGAUGUGUAUGAAGAACGAGGUGAGAGUGAGUUAACUGUAUAACAAGGGGAAGCUGGCUUCCUCUUUUGGUGUCUCACACAGACGUUUGAUGUAUGAAUUCAGAUCUGAGACUUUAAUACGGAUGGCAGCGUGGUAUGUACAGCAUACAGUGAGGGAAAAAAGUAUUUGAUCCCCUGCUGAUUUUGU